AUGACUGAUGGUAAUAAUGAUUCACAUCGCUUGAAUGAGCGUAUGGCUGGUAUGGGCUUGAACGAUCAUACUCGUACAGGCGGCGGCAACAAUAACAGCGGUGGUUAUCAAAAGGCAGCUUACAUUCCUCCUCAUCUUCGUGGCAGAGCUUAUGCACAAGACGGUGGUGCAAGCAAUUACAACAACAAUGGCUGGGAUAAGCCUGCUCCUAGACCUGGCUGGAGAGAUGGCUACUCUGAUUUUGGAGGUUCUAGUAGAGGUGGAGGAUGGGGCGGUGGCCGUGGUUCAAGUAGCUCUGGAUACAGUGGCGGUGGACGUGCUCAAUUUGAUGAACGUGGCUCUUAUGGUGGCUAUCGUCGUAGAGGAGGCUAUCAAGGAGGCAACAAUAGCAACAGAAGGGAUUAUGGUGCAGGCUAUUGGAAGGAUGGUGUUCAUCACAUUGGCCCUCGAAACCAUCAUCUUGAGAAGGAGCUUUUUGGUACUCCAGAGGACAAGGAGACGACACAUACUGGUAUCAAUUUUGACAAGUACGACAAUAUUCCUGUUGAGGCAUCAGGCAGAGACGUUCCUGCUCCCAUCGAAGAGUUUACUUCUCCACCAAUCGAUCCUCAUUUGCUGAGUAACAUUGAAUUGGCAAGAUACACUACUCCUACACCAGUUCAAAAGUAUUCAAUUCCUAUUGUCAUGAACAAUCGUGAUCUCAUGGCAUGCGCUCAAACUGGUUCUGGUAAGACUGGCGGUUUCCUAUUCCCCGUUUUGUCUAGCCUAUUUGAAAAGGGGCCUACUCCUAGCUCAACUGGAGAUAGUCAUGAUGCAGCUGGUAUUUACCGUGCUCGUAAGGCGUACCCAGAAGCUUUGAUUUUAGCUCCUACCCGCGAGUUGACUUCUCAAAUCUUUGAUGAAGCCAAGAAGUUUGCCUAUAGAUCUUGGGUUCGCCCCUGUGUCGUUUAUGGUGGCGCUGAUAUUAGUCAACAGCUCCGUCAAAUUGAUCGUGGUUGCGAUGUUCUUGUCGCUACUCCUGGUCGUUUGGUUGAUUUGAUAGAACGUGCUCGUGUUUCCCUCUCCAAGGUCCGCUUUUUGAUUCUGGAUGAAGCUGACCGUAUGCUUGAUAUGGGUUUCGAGCCUCAAAUUCGUCGCAUUGUUCAAGGUGAAAAUAUGCCUGGUGUUCAGGAUCGUCAAACGCUGAUGUUCUCUGCUACAUUCCCCAAAAACAUUCAAAUGCUGGCUCGCGAUUUCUUGAAGGAAUACGUCUUUCUUUCUGUUGGUCGUGUAGGUGCCACAUCAGAGAACAUUACUCAAAAGAUUGAAUACGUGGAGGAUGAAGAUAAGCGUUCAGUGCUUUUGGAUAUCUUGCCAUCUCAUUCGGCAGAGGGUUUGACACUGAUUUUCGUGGAAACAAAGCGUAUGGCCGAUGCAUUGAGCGACUUUUUGAUGUCCAACAACUUUCCUGCUACUUCCAUCCAUGGUGACCGUACUCAACGUGAGCGUGAAAAUGCAUUGGAGGCCUUCCGUACCGGUAGGGCUCCAAUUAUGGUCGCUACAGCUGUUGCUGCCCGUGGGUUAGAUAUCCCUAACGUCACACAUGUCAUUUCUUACGAUUUGCCUACUGAUGUGGAUGAUUAUGUUCAUCGUAUUGGUCGUACAGGCCGUGCUGGUAAUGUCGGUGUCGCCACAGCUUUCUUUAACAGAGGUAACAAGAACAUUGCUCGUGAUUUGGUUGAACUUCUGAAAGAAGCCAAGCAAGAAAUCCCUCCAUGGCUUGAAAGCAUUGUUCGUGAAUCAUAUGGUGGUCGUGGCGGUGGACGUGGAGGCCGUGGAGGCCGUGGAGGAGGCUCUAGAGAUUACAGAAGCCGCAAUGAUUACGGAGGAUCUAGCAGAGGCGGGUAUCAGCAAGGAGGAGGCUACGGUGGAGGCUACGGUGGAGGCUACGGUGGAGGAUAUGGCAGUGGUCGUUCCAAUUACGGUGGUGGAGGUUAUGGUGCCGGAGGAAGCUCUGGCUACAGUAACAAUGGUGGUGGAGGCAAUGGCUCUUACUCAUACCAAAGCAAGACCAGUUGGUUCUAA